AUGCAUGCCUUCGUCAUGAUUUCCAUGGCUCUCAUAGCCAUAUGCACUGCGGAGGGUAUCGACAGUGACAUGUACCUCUCCGAUAUGUGUUGGCCCCUGUUCAGCAACAUCAGUCGCAUUGUGGAUCUCCACCUCACAGAAAAGGACCUGAUUCCCACACUCGUCAAUUCUCCCUUCCCAUGUGAGCAAGCUCUAUACAUCGCCAGAGUGUGCCUAUCCAACGGAACCACCGAAAUCGACUACCUCGCCGAACAACAAUGUUUCUGUGACGGCGGAUUCUGGGAAGCCUGCCGCGGCUGCGACAACUGCUACAUCGCCCAUGGUCUCAUUGAACACGGGAAAAAUCGGUCCGAAAAAAUGGCACUUGACGCCUCAAUCCGCACUUCUCUCAGCUCGGCUGAAUGUACGCGCACUCCACCAAACAAACCGUUCUCGGAUCUUUUUCCUCCGCUUAACUUUUCGAAGAUCUUCGGUUAUUCUCCUCCUACUCUCACCUCGGAUCUUUUUCCAAAUCUUACGGAGGUUAGUGAUUACUUCACUCCGACUGUUCUCUUGACACCGGGUGCGAUUACGGGUAAUGCAACCGCGCGCAAUACGGGCUUACCGAAGUAUGGUGCUGCGCAUGAGACUCAUACCACGCAGAAAGCGGGAGAAUCUAAAAGUGAGGGUGUUUUCCAGGUGCAGGAGACGAGGGGAUUUAAAUUGAUUGUUGUGGUUUUCUUGUGUUUCGUCCUGGUGAUCUAG